AUGGCAGAGACCACUGUCAUCGACACCCUUUUCGAAUUUGUGGAGACCGUUAUAGACCUAUAUGAGAAAGAAUACUUGAGGCCACCUAGGGCUAGAGAGCUGGAAGUAAUUCUUAGGCAAAAUGAGGAAAGAGGUUUUCCAGGCAUGAUCGGAAGUAUAGACUGCAUGCAUUGGCAAUGGGAGAACUGUCCAUCAUCUUGGGCUGGAUCUCACAAUGAUAUAAAUGUUCUACAACGUUCUCCUGUAUUUGAUGAGCUUGCAUCAGGGAGGACACCUGAAGUUGAGUAUUGGGUAAAUGGAAACCCAUACACUAUGGGAUUCUACUUGGCUGACAAGAUUUAUCCAAAUUGGGCAACUUUUGUGAAGACGGUGAGCGCUCCAGCAAGCAUGAAGCACAAGGUAUUUGCUAGCAUUCAAGAAUCAUGUAGGAAAGACGUGGAGAGAACUUUUGGAGUACUGCGAAAAAAAUUCAAGAUCAUCUAUAACCCAGCCCGGAUGUGGAGCCACAAAAAACUGAAUGGAAUCAUGCGUGCUUGUGUCAUUCUGCACAACAUGGUGAUAGAAGACAAGCGUGAUAUUUACGUAAACCCAGAGGAUACACAAGGAUUUGAAGGGGCUGAUGAUCCACCUGUUAGCCAGAAUAGAGAUGUUCCAGCGAUUGAUAAGCUCAUUAACACGUAUAACUGCAUCAAGAGCAAGGAAACGUCCACACAGCUGCAGCAGGACCUCAUUGAACACAUCUGGGGUCUUUACGGUGCUUCAACUGGACCUUUUGCAACAAGGUAG